CUACCUUCCCCGUUUGUAUCGAUAACCUACUACUUCAUUUUGGUUUUCUAGGGUUUUGGUUUUUGCGACACGAUGAGUCGUCAUCCUGAGGUGAAGUGGGCACAGAGGCUGGACAAGGUUUAUAUUACUGUGUUAUUGGCAGAUUCAACGAAUGCAAAAGUCAACCUUGAACCAGAUGGAAUUUUCACUUUCUCUGCUACUGCGGGGGCAGAAAACCACCUUUUUGAACUGAAGAUGGAUCUCUAUGAUAAGGUGAAUGUGGAGGAAAGCAAAAUAAACAUUGGUGCCAGGAGCAUAUUCUGUGUUGUUGAAAAAGCAGAGAGUGGGUGGUGGGAUAAGCUAUUGCGUGGGGCUGACAAGACACCACAUUAUGUGAAAAUCGAUUGGGACAAAUGGGUUGAUGAAGAUGAUGACAGUGGUUCUGCUCCUGCUGACUUGGAUAUGGGAGGGAUGGACUUCUCGAAAUUUGCUAGUAUGGAAGGAAUGGGCGAUGAUGCCAUGGGUGACGAUUUUGAAGAAAGCGAUGAUGAAGAUCAAGAAGUGGGAAAACCAGGAGAAAAAGUGGAGGGAAAGCAAGAAGAAACUACAGAGGGGAAGAAAGAAGCAACUUCAAGCACAUGAGGUUUAUCUAGG